AUGAUUUUGGUUUUGCUAUUAGUUUGUAUUUCGGCAUAUGUUGCCUAUUUCUAUUGGAAAGUUUCAAAAUAUCCAAAAGGACCAUUUCCAAUUCCAAUAUUCGGAAACUUGUUGCAAUUCCCACAAGAACAUUUUCAUCGAAAAAUCGAUGAAUUGUCGAAAAUCUAUGGGCCAUGUUUCACAGUUUGGAUGCCUCUUCCAAUCGUUGUUUUCGCCGAUUAUGAACAUAUUAAAGACGCAUUUAUAACACAGGGUGAAACGUUCAAUUAUCGAUCACAACUUCCACCAGAAACAUUAUUGCAACCGCAUGAACAAGUUGGAAUUUUAUCGAGUGAUGGUGAUAAUUGGAGACUUCAAAGACGCACAUCGCUCAAGAUUUUGAGAGAAUUUGGAUUGGGAAAAGGUUUGAUGGAAGAACAAGUGAAAGGAUCCAUCGAGGAAAUGCUAGAACAAUUGAAAAAUGUUGAAAACAAAAAUGAUAUCGAUAUUUUUUGGCCAAUUCAAUUAUGUGUUGGAAAUGUUAUCAAUGAGACACUUUUCGGAUAUCAUUUCAGUUAUAAAAAUCCGGAAAGAUUUGUGGAAUUUGUCACUAUCGUUUCAAAUCACUUGAGAGAUUCGUUCGUAAGUUUUUUUUAAAGGCGGUCAGACAGCUAUUCCGGUUGACGGAGACCACCCACGAAGCCUCUGACUUUAACCGGGCUAAACUUGAAUCAAACAAAAGAUGAAAUAUUGUGAAAAUAUGAAACUUCAAUUCUUCCUGUGCAAAAGUGCGUCGCGGUGUUUGCACACACACACAAAUCCGCUGGACGUGGGGGGCAAUUUGAAAUUUUGAAAACACAAGAUUUUCUUGGCUCGUAUUAACUUUCAUGAUUUCGGACUGGUUCGUUUCAUAAUAAACUAUUUUUGACACUAAGCUUUGAGGAAAACCGGAAUAAUUGUCUAACUGCCUUUAAAUAUAAAAUAUGUCGAUGAUGAAAAAUGUUCAGAACAAAAUUACGUUAAUGCUUCAAUGUUGGCCGUGGAUUCGAUAUCUUCCAAUUAUUGGAGACUAUGCGUAUUACAGAAUCAAAAGAAACAUUGAUAAAUAUCAAACAUUUAUCGAAGAUGAAGUGAAUGCUCAAGCCAAAUUAUUCAAUGAUUACGAUGAGCCAACUAAUUUCGUGCAUGCUUAUAUGCAACAAAUAAAACCUGGAAGUGGUUUAGAUAUGAAAAAUCUUUACGCUUCAGUUUUAGACUUCUGGUUGGCUGGAAUGGAAACCACUUCAACAUCGCUUCGUUGGCAUAUUGCCUAUAUGAUGAAAUAUCCCGAAAUCCAACAAAAAGUUCGGGAGGAAAUUCUAUCAGUUGUUGGAACUUCUCGACUUCCAACAAUGUCUGAUAAACCAGAUCUACCAUAUACACAAGCAGUUAUUCACGAAGUUCAACGUCACUCGAAUAUGGUUCCAUUUUUGGGAAGUCAUAAAUGUGUUAAAGACACAUUUGUUUGUGGAAAACAUAUUCCCGCUGGCACAUUGACUUUUCCACAAAUUUGGUCAGUUUUGGCGAAUGAUCCAAUCUUCGAUUCUCCACUUCAAUUUAAUCCAUCCAGAUAUUUGUUAGAUGAUGGCAAAACAACAAACAAGGUGUGUUUUAUUAUCGAAAAUCUCCGCGCGCUCCACCGAAAUAAACACGCAACGCAGACCGCGCCGCGCCACAACACACACAAAAAAGGAGGGAAUUUGAAUCGUUCCCUUGUGUUAUGGCGCGACGCGGUCUGCGUUGCGUGUUUAUUUCGGUGGAACGCGUGGAGAUUUUUGAUAAUAUCAAUCAAAAAUUGUCGAUUUUCAGGCAGUUCUCGAUCGCUCAAUCGCUUUCAGUAUUGGAAAAAGAGCGUGUGUUGGAGAAGGUCUCGCAAGAAUGGAAUUAUUCUUGAUUUUCAGUGCACUUAUUCAAAAAUACGAAUAUGUUCCAUUGGAACCAGUUGAUUUAACACCACAAAUGGGAACUGUACUCACAAGUAAACCAUAUCAUGUGAAAUUAAUUGAAAAUUUCUAG